UCUUCUUUGUGCUGAUUCUAUAUGAAUGUUUCAUAGGGAGUAAAUUUGAGAAUCCUUCGGUACUUGGAUCCGUCGUAAUCAGUAGCUAAAUACACUACUCUAUAUCUGUUUCUCAUCUUUUUGUUGUUUAAGGUUGCCUUAAGGUCUCUUUAAUUGAUAUAUACUACUUUAAGUUAAGAGUUAAAGUAAAAAGAGAGGAUGAUAAAGUUUAGGAUGAUUAUGAUAGGUGAGAAUAUGAGUUGAUAGUUGAGAGAUAUAGUAUGGUAAUUUUGAAAUAGUUAUUAAAUGAGGGUAUGUGGUAAAAAGUGUGUGUGAUUUGUAAAACAAUACAAGUUUUGAAAACAAGUGGAGAAAACUAAAACAACCAAAAAUGGAAAUGGAGGUAGAACUUAUGUUGUCUCAUUUAAUUGAAAUGUAAGUAGAAUAAUUUCAUAUAUUCUAUGUUUUAGUGGAUAGAGGCUCCAGUAAAUUAAGGGCGUGCAUGCAUUGGUUCAAAAAGCACUUUCCACCACCUCCUUUCCCCUCCCUUUCCACCACCACCUUUCUCCCCGUAACUCCCCUCGCCACCACCCUUCCCUCCGCUGCUCCUUUCUCCCUCACCCCACCUCCCCUCCCACUUCCCAAAUAUGAAACUCAUAAAACAAUGGUAGAUUAGGAACAAGUAGACUCCCUUCCCUCCAGAUGCAGCAGAGUUGGGAGACGCAUGGGAAAACCCAACCUGCAUCUUGUGGCAUGUUUGAGCGCGUGAUUGGUCCAAUGGGUCUGAGCUUGUUGGGGCCUUGGAGUGAGCCGAUUUGGUUGAAGUGAGGUCGGUGGUGGGUUCAUCAGAGGAUCCCGGUGGCGACCACUAUUUUAUAUUGUCCACCAUAGACAACACACUUUUUUUCCUUUUUAGAUUUCAAUUUUAAGAAUCUUCAACAGGGGUGGUGUUUACACGGAUUUUUGGUAAACAAAUAUCCUCUUAGUUCGACUAAAGGAAGUUUAGAUUCGGGGUCCUUUUGAGAAAACGCUUUGCCAAAGUGUAGUGUGUGAACGAGUGUAUUCUCGACAACAAUAAACAACUCAAACGAAACUGGACUUUAUUGAAUAUGAGUCGAUUACAAAACAGUCAAGCAAACUGAAAUAGCAUGAAAGCAAAUUUCGACAAAACAAGCUACACACAAGAACUGGAAAUCAACAAACUGAAAUGCAGAGAAACUAAAGCGUUGGUUCUGCAACAUGCUCCUCCAUCAUCACGUUCUGCUCUCGAAGUCUCAUUGAUGCGGACGUUUAGAGCUUUUGGUGAACUUUCAGAGUUUUUAGUUGGGAACCCCUUCUUCUGCUGCUGCUUCCUCUAUUUAUAGUGUUCUUUCUGCCCCUGUUCUUGGCGGUUUUUUCCUUGGAUGCACGAUGGCUUCGUGGGUUUUGAAUUUUGGCGCCAUACCCCACGUUUAGCCGAUGGUCUUCGCGCACGUGACUCUAUUGCCACGUGGAUGGUUCUGAGUCGUGGGCAACCGUUGCUAUUCGUGGCGUCGUGGGUGUACGCACGUGCUUGUAGUUGCUUGUUAUUCGGUAACUGCCUCUUCCAUUAAGAUGAUCGAGAUUUCUUCAUCUUCUGAGUGUGUCGAGUUAUGGCUUUUACUAACUUGUCUUUGAGGGACAUCGUGUGCUGAGUUGCUGGCUUCGCCAAACCCUUUCUGUCGAGAAACCACUUUUGCACCAUGGUGUCGAGAAUUGUAGUACUUGUAAUUUUGGCUUAACAGUUGCCCCCCAAAAAUGUUGGUUGUCGACUGCUUUAGCUCGAAGACACCAAGCAUUUUUUUAUCGCAGCCGUUCGAUUCCAACGAUUCAAAUGCUUUGUGCUCUCGACCAUUCGAUCUUCAGGUCCAAUCAGCAGCCAUAACGCCUGAUGACUUCUCCACUAACUGACAGUUAUAGCCUUUUUAGGGCCAUGAUUUCACCUAUGCCAAAAAGCUGAGAGGUUACAUGAAUUAACUAAUAAAAUAAUCGCUUGGACCCCAAAUUUUUAUAAAUUGCUGCUCAAUGCGGCUUGGGUUCCGUUUUCCCUUCUGUUUAUAAAUACCCUCUUGGUAUUCCUUGUUCAAGCUUUACUCUUUCCUCCAACCUUCAACUUCUUCUUCCAGAUUUCAUCACUUCAUCUUCUUCCGUCUUCUCUGAAAUACUUACUGCGUCUUUCAAUGGCUUCCAAUCCUGAGCAAACCAUUCCGUUGGCCACUGAGCUUAAGCUGGAUGAGGCCAAGCGCGUGGCGAUUCCAGAGCCUCCCAACGAAGCAGAGAAGAGAGCUAUCUGGAAAUCCCAGGUACUCAUUCCUUUCUCUGUUAAUGGUACUUUACGCGUCAUUUUGGGUCCUUUGAAAGUAGUGAAGCAUGAUAAGCCCAAUAGUCUCCCCGAAGAACAUGAAUCAUUUCACCCUAGCGUUAGGGGAGAGGAGCUCAUUUUGGAAUUUCAACCCUCUUACCGUAUGCCAUUUCUUUCUGACCCAAAACGAGCCUUUCGUUCAGCCCCUCCUAACCCUUCUGCUAACGACAAGGCCUACCUGAAAUGGUUAGAUAGGGUUGAGGGAGAUAAGAGACAACACUGGAAGGAUGUAGGGAUUCUCGACUUGAUUCAGCUGUCGAGAUCUCCAAUCUCGUAUAACCCUGCUAUGCUGUUGAGUGCACUUUAUUUCUGGGAGAGGUCCACUAAUUGCCUUCAUGUUCCCUUUGGUAUGAUCACCCCCACCCUCUUGGAUGUUGCUGCUAUCACCGGAUUGUGGCCCAUUGGUGAUGAUUAUCACUCUGCACCUGCUCCUGUUAAACCCAUCUCGAUUCCUACUGACAACAUUUCUUUUAGUCGAUUCAUUAAGGACCAUUAUGUCGAGAGUGGUGAGGUGUCUGAUGCUGAACAUGUCGCUUUCUUGCUGUAUUGGCUGUCUGCUUAUGUCUUUUGCACCAAAUCUUUGCGCAUACCUGCCAAGCUUUUGCCUUUAGCCAAUCUGCUUCACGAGGGUCGACAACUUGCUAUGGCUAGGCUCGUCCUUGGCAACCUGUAUCAAAUGCUGAAUGAAGCUGUCGAGGAUAUCCGGAAUACUAAGACCGUCUCUCUGAAUGCGGCUGGACCACUUUGGCUGUUUCAACUUUGGUUGAAUGCAGUCCUCGAAUCUCUUCUGCCGGUACGAGAUAAUCCUCUAACUGUUUCUAACACCAGGAUUGAUGCCCAUAGGCUCGAGACCCUGACCCCUGCUUAUGAUGCGUCGAGUUUCGAAGCUGAUUUCAGGAAGUACUUUACCAUGUUUCUCGAGCUGAAGCACUACCGUUCCAGUUUCUCUCCUUACAGCAAGGCUAUUCGUGGCCCUUUCUAGCUGAGGAAUUCUUAUCCUAAUGCUUCUGAUUCUGCAUUGCCCAAGGAGCACCACAUCACACUUUGGAGGACCCUCUUGUCUCCUAGGGUUUUAACUGUGGGCUUUGCUAGCAGUGACUACACUCUAUGUGGCUACAACCCUCAAUUGGUUUCUCGACAGUUUGGGCUUAGCCAAGUUCUACCCAACACUUUAUUUGACAAGAGUCUAGUCCUGUACCCCGGAACUAUUAAGAGGGCUUCUGUUUUCGACACGACUGUUCAGUUUUAUAACAAGAGACUCCUCAACCUGAGCCCCUUCACUUACGCUCCUUCAUAUUAUGCCACUAAUGCUUUCAAAGCCUGGUGGUCUGAGUAUUGGGCUCAAAUUUCGAAGCCCCUCGUCGAUUGUCUGCAAUGCAUGACAGAUGCUUUUCUUUUGCAGAAGUAGGACCCGAAGAAGACCAAAGGUAUGCACCUGGCAGAAAUUCGAUCUUUUCAAGAGUUCUUUGGUGUGGUAUAUUACCCAACUCUUCGCCUUCGAGAUACAGUUGCGAAAGCAGCCCAAGUAUUAAGGCAAAAAUGGGAACUUAAAGCCAAGAAAUCCAAGUUAGUGGUUCCUCCUGGUGAGGAAGGUCUAUCUUUUGUUAUUCGAAAAACUGGCUUUAGGUUCCCGUCUUUGCCUACGAGUAAGUUUGCAUUGGCUUUUCCACCGGUCUUGCCUAAAUGGGUUGACCAUGUAAACAUAAAUGUGUUGGCCAAUCAAGCUCUACCUCCUCGAAAGCGAGUGACUUGGACUAAGUACCACCUAUGGAACUUUCCGUAUCAUGUGCCCGUCGAAAUCUUCAACCACAUAUCGCUGAACAUGCGUAUUGGUCAAGGUAAUACUUCGACUUGGCCUUGGUUUUCCUGUUUUACUUCUUAAUUUUUCUUUUGUUUGCAGCUGAAGUCAUUAUUCGACCAGCUCCUCAAGUUAUUUCCCCAGUGGCUCAUUCCUCCAAGGACAAGCCAGUCGUGAUUGAGGAUGAUGAUGAUGAUGAGGAUGAUGAGGAUGAUGAUGUCAGUCUUGCUGACAAGCUCAAGGUACUUUCCUCAUGCUUUUACCUUUUCCUUUUCGAUUCCCUUGGAUUAUGGGCUGACGUAGUUUUCGACAGAGUCGAAAACGGAAACCUAAGCCUGUUGCUUCGGCCAGUCAGAAGAGGGCCAAGGGGGUUGGUGUUUCCACCCCUAGUGGGGCUUCUAAGUUGGCAUCUGAUGCUCAAACAGAAGUCGAUGACAAAGAGGGUGGUGGCGACGCCGCCAUUCAGGUAUGUUCUCCAUUCUCGAGGGUACCUUGUGACAUUUUUAACCCGUGGUUUCCUAAUCUGAGUCAUCUCUUGUUUGUUUUGAUUCCUUUAGACUGAUGUUCAUGAGCACUCUACUUCCAAUCCUCCAUCCCGUGAGAAUUCCCCAGCUCCCGUUCCUGCAAAAUCCAAAACUGAAGGUGUCGAGAAACCUCCCAAGGCCGCAUCCUCAGCUAAAAAGACCUCCACAUCUGAGGGAAGGAGGAAGGUCAGGAGCAAAUCUCGUCAUAAGUCUCCUCGCCGUUCUAGAAGCUCCACCAACUCGAGCCCUUCUAAGGACUCUGCUUGCCAGGAAACUCAGGGUGCAACUUGUCCCAUCCGCGAAACAGAGCCUCUUCCAGGCAAGGAUGACAACCAUAUGCCUCCUCCAAAAUCGACUGCCACUGUUUCGCCUCAAACCAAGGGUGGCUCUUCAUCUCAUGUGUCUAGUGAAAAGCUCGACACUUUAUUUGAGGAGGACCCGCUGGCGGCUUUGGAUAGCUUCCUCGAUGGCACCUUGGAAUGAGACUCUCCACCCCGUCAAGCUGAUGCCACUGCUGAGACUGCUCAAUCUAGUGGGGUAGCCAAUUCUCAGCAGAUCGAGGAGAGUAUGGGUCGGCUGAAGGCUAUUGUCUUCGCCAAUGGGUUUCUCGACCAGAUCCAAGCUGAUCCUCAAGCGAGCCAUGCUGCUAAGGAAUUGCUUGUCUUCCUUCUUGGCCAAAAACUCGAUUCUCAACAGGCUGCUGCUUUGGCUAACCUUCAGUCUUUUUUAGUGGAUGCUUCAGCCACCUUUCAUCAAGUCAAGGACGUUGGUCAAGCUGUCAGCUUUAAGGAAGCAAAAGUCUCUGCUGGUAAAGCUCAAGUUGCAGCAAUGAAAGAGGACUUCAAGAAGUUCACUGCUAGGAAGGUUUUGAUCGCAGAUGAAAUCUCUGAAGUCGACAUCAAACUUGAAGAGCUGCAUCGAGAGAUUACCAAACUGGAGAAAAAGCGAGCUGAUUUGGUCGAGGAAGGCCCUGCUGUGAAGGAUCAGUUGGAUGUGCUUACUAAAGACUCCAAGGCUCUGAUCAUCUCGACAAAAGAGGUUAUCAAGGAAUUGGAGAUUGAUCAGGCUGUGAAGAAGGGUCUCGAUGCCAAGAUUGCCACCUUUGCUGAUUGUUUGAACUCUUUUAAAACCCUGAUGUAGGAAUUUUUUUUUUAUUAAUAUGUAAUGAUGGCACUAUUCUAACCAUGGCUUUCGAUGCCAAUUGCGUGUAAUAUUUCGACAAUGGUUUUGGCACCUAAGCCAUAUAAUUUGACGUUUAAUUUGCCAAGUCUUUUCAGUUUCCACUACGCAUUUAUUUUGACGGCUAUUCAUUUACUGUUGCAUCGUUCAAACUUCCUUGCACCCCCUCACAUAGUUGUCGCUUUGUUUCUGGGGAAUGAACCAAUUUAUUGCAAUCUUAUACCACGUUUUCUUGAUUCAAUGCAAGUCUUUGUUCAUUAAAAGCCAAAGCUAUUCACGAUGGUGGUGGUAAUCUGCAUGGCCUAUAACCGUAAGAUGAAGAGUUGGCAACUGAUUGCCAUUAAUUAAUGCAUUCCUUGGUUGUUACCCUAUAAAUAGAGCGUUUUUGGUUACUUCUUUUCAGUAACUUCUCCAAACUCUCC